CGCCGCCGCCGCGCCAUGGCGCUCCGGGCCCGACGCUGGUGGCUGCUGUGCGCGGCCGCCGCGCUCGUCUCCUGCGCCCGCGGGGACCCGGCCAGCAAAAGCCGGAGCUGCAGCGAAGUCCGCCAGAUCUACGGGGCCAAGGGCUUCAGCCUGAGCGACGUGCCCCAGGCGGAGAUCUCGGGCGAGCACCUGCGGAUCUGCCCUCACGGCUACACCUGCUGCACCAGUGAGAUGGAGGAGAACCUGGCGAACCGCAGCCGCGGGGAGCUGGAGACGGCGCUGCGGGAGAGCGGCCGCGGCCUGCAGGCCAUGCUGGCCACCCAACUGCACAGCUUUGACGACCACUUCCAGCAGCUGCUGAACGACUCGGAGCGGGCGCUGCACGCCGCCUUCCCCGGGGCCUUCGGGCCGCUGUACACACAGAACACCAAGGCCUUCAGCGACCUGUACGCCGAGCUGCGCCUCUACUACCGCGGCGCCAACCUGCACCUGGAGGAGACGCUGGCCGACUUCUGGGCGCGCCUGCUCGAGCGCCUCUUCCGGCAGCUGCACCCCCAGCUGCUGCUGCCCGACGACUACCUGGACUGCCUGGGCAAGCAGGCCGAGGCGCUGCGGCCGUUCGGCGAGGCCCCGCGCGAGCUGCGCCUGCGGGCCACCCGCGCCUUCGUGGCAGCCCGCGCCUUCGUGCAGGGCCUGGGCGUGGCCGGCGACGUGGUCCGCAGGGUGGCGCAGGUGCCCCUGGGCCCCGAGUGCUCCCGGGCGGUCAUGAAGCUGCUGUACUGUGCGCACUGCCUGGGGGUCCCCGGCGCCCGGCCCUGCCCCGACUACUGCCGGAACGUGCUCAAGGGCUGCCUGGCCAACCAGGCCGACCUGGACGCCGAGUGGAGGAACCUCCUGGACUCCAUGGUGCUCAUCACUGACAAGUUCUGGGGCCCCUCGGGCGCGGAGAGCGUCCUCGGCGGCGUGCACCUGUGGCUGGCAGAGGCCGUCAGCACCCUCCAGGACAACAGAGACUCGCUCACGGCCAAGGUCAUCCAGGGCUGUGGGAACCCCAAGGUCAACCCCCAGAGCACUGGGCCCGAGGAGAAACGGCGCCGGGGCAAGCUCACGCUGCAGGAGAAGCCUCCGUCAGGCACGCUGGCCAAGCUGGUCUCCGAGGCCAAGGCCCAGCUCCGCGACGUCCAGGACUUCUGGAUCAGCCUGCCAGGGACGCUGUGCAGCGAGAAGAUGGCCGUGAGCUCUGGCAGCGACGACCGCUGCUGGAACGGCAUGGCCAAGGGCCGGUACCUCCCCGAGGUGAUGGGUGACGGCCUGGCCAACCAGAUCAACAACCCCGAGGUGGAGGUGGACAUCACCAAGCCAGACAUGACCAUCCGCCAGCAGAUCAUGCAGCUCAAGAUCAUGACCAACCGGCUGCGCGGCGCCUUCAGCGGCAACGACGUGGACUUCCAGGACGCCAGUGACGACAGCAGCGGCUCGGGCAGCGGCGGUGGCUGCCCGGAGGACGUGUGCGGCCGGAGGGCGGGCAGGAAGAGCUCGGGCUCGCGGACGCCCCUGACCCACGCCCUGCCUGGCCUGUCGGAGCGCGAGGGGCAGAAGACCACAGGCGCCGGCUGCUCCCGGCCCCAGGCCUCGCUGCUCCUGCUCCUGAGCCCGGUCCUGGCAGCGGCCGGGCCCCGGUGGCGGUAACUGCCCCCGGCCCAGGGACGGAGGCCAAGGACAACUUUGCCAAAACACAGAACAGAUACUCGACUCCCCUUGGCCGGGGGUGGGGCACAGCGGCUCUGACCCCACGGCCUGGCCUCCGCCUCCGCCCUGGCGCUCAGUUUGUGCGAGACCCUCAGGUCAGCGGGGAGCCUGCGCUCUCAAAAGCCAUGCAUUUCAGGGACCUCAGGGCACCCGGCUGCCCCCCCGCUCCCCCCCGAGGCCUGCAGAGGAGGUGGCCGGAAGCCACGCCUCACCGGAGGCCACGAGUGGCCUGUGCCUUCCUCAUCUUCCUCCUCCCACUGGGGACGUGCUGCAGGGCAAAGCCGACAGCCUCCCCCAAGCCCCGGGGAAGGCGGCUGGGGUCUGCGUCGGCUCUGGCGGGUCUUCCCAGGCCGCGCACACCCCCUCCACCUCGGCGAGGGCUCUGAGCCACACCCCCCCUCCCGUGCCGGCUGGCCCUGUCCAGCGGAGCCCUCAGAUCCACAGUGAGGGGUCCCCCGGAACAUGGAUGCGGCCACUCUGUCUUCUCUUCCAGAGUGGGGUGCUGUCCCCAGCCCCGAGGGAAGCAGCACCGACCCCCCCACCGCGGACAGGAGCCAGGUCCCAGGUCAGGGCGUCCCUGGCCACAAGGGAUGUGGGGUGGCUGGGGAAGCUUCAGCUCAGAUCGGACGCCCGGUCCCUCCCUGGGCCCGGCCAGCUGUGCGGAGGAGGAGGGCUGUGGCGGCCACGGGCUGCUGUGGACAGGCUCAGCCUGAUCCUGCUCACCAGGCCCCUCCCACCAUCUCCCAAAUGGCCUUGGAGGGACCCAGAACCACCCUGGGCCCUGGUGGCCAUCCCUGGUCCCAGGCCCUGUGUCUCCCUAGCUCACCCAGCAGUCAGGGCCGCUGCCCCCAGGCCAGGGAUCGGGACGGCGAGGGUCUGGGGGUGCCGAGCCGCCGUGGCCAGGGGUCAUCCGGGAAGGCCGCUUAGCCCUUCAGAUUCCCACUGGGGCCCGGAGGCCUCCGGACAACACCGCGGGCUGAUGUUUGCUCACUGCUCCACCAGGGCGGCCCACAGCUGCCCCCCCCCCGCACAGCCCUGCGCAUGCCAGCCAGGCAGGGGUCGUGGCAGGAGCUGGGCGUGGGCCCUGGAACAGCAACCACCCAGGUACCAGGGUGGCAGCACCCAGGCUGCCCUGCAGGGGGCGCUGUGCUGUGGCCUGCCCGGUCCCUGCCAUUCGUGUGACCCUCGAGUCCAUGUGUGAAUAAAAGGCUAGAGACCC